AUGCCUUCCGGUGUGAUAUUCAUGAUUUAUAUACCAUCAAGUAACUACGAACACAUCUUGAAGUUCGGUAAACGUAGUGAUUUGAUAUCGAUUCAUGAUGAAGAGACACCGCGCUUGGAGGUUCAACUGCGUUAUAAAAAAGAAAAGAAUAUACCGAUACAUUUGACUCAGCACCACUACGAUGUUUUCAGAACAACCCUGGAAAAUAUAACGGAAAAUGAUGAAUUCUUUACUAUGGAAAGCAUUCUACAGGAGUUGCUAAGAAAGCUCGAUGUGGAACAAGCGAUAUGGGUCAGUGAUAAGCCAAAGAACUACUACGAAGUCGUGUUCCCCCUACCGACGGGAGACCAGUGCGAAACCAUGCUGCAUUGUCUCACGCAAUUGGGCAUUGGAGUUCGUAAUAAAUCUAUCGUUAACGUACUACCGUGUAAUGUAGUGCACGCCGCUUCAGAUCACGAAAUUGAAGACGAUGAGUCACUGCUAAGGAAAAAUGAGGAAGCAAAACGUUGGCGCAAUUUCGUCGAAUCAAUCAGAUCUAAAUUGACAGUUAAACAGGUAGUGGACGGAGUCAGGGGUGGAGGUGAAUUGUCAUUUGACUAUCUCACUUUGAUUAUUACUGCCGAUUCCUUGGCAGCUUUGGGCCUUGUAGAAAACAAUGCAUCAAACAUAGUAGCCGCAAUGUUGGUUUCCCCGCUAAUGGGCCCCGUCAUGUCAAUUACGUUUGGUACAAUCAUUGCUGAUAGAAAUCUAGUGAGAAGCGGCUUCGAGAGCCUUAUAUUGGGCAUGUUCCUAUCUCUAUUAUUCGGUUUUAUUUUUGGGCUCAUUCUGGGAACGACGGAAAUGCCCUGGGGUUUUGGUGAUUGGCCCACAGAAGAAAUGAAGUCAAGAGGUAAUGUGCGGUCAUUAUGGAUGGGCGUCCUUUGGGCUUUGACCUCUGGGACAGGUGUAGCCCUCGCCCUACUUCAAGGCAGCGCUGGCCCGCUGAUAGGCAUCGCAAUAUCUGCGUCUUUGUUACCACCAGUCGUUAAUUGUGGCUUAUUCUGGGCACUGGCUUGUAUAUGGUUGUUGUACCCGGGCGUUAAAAUUCCACACAUCAAAGGAGAGCCUUAUUCUGGUAAUUCGUCUUACGUCCCACUUUAUCAUGACUACUUGCCAAUAGAGUUCGCUGUCAAUGGUAUUGUAAGCUGUUGUCUCACAAUAGUGAACGUCAUCUGUAUAUUCAUAACGGCUAUUAUAUUUUUGAAAAUAAAAGAAGUGGCAGCCCCGUAUACAUCGACGCCGGACUUGAGACGUUUCUGGGAACAAGAUAUUAAGGUGGCGAGGGAAGCCAACCGAGCAAACUUACAGCAGGCUGAAGAUGAUGAAAGAACUGAAUUGGUGUUAGAAGAUUUAAAUCACAGUGAUGAAGGAGUAAAAGAAAAACUGGAAGCGGCCGUCCAAGAAGCACUUGACGACGAAACUUAUAGAAAAGUCAAAAGAAUGAGCUACCAAAGUCACAAUGCUGAUGAGGUAAUCCGAACGAUCGGUCUUCACCCUCGUUCUCCGCCAUCGACCCGGUCUAGUGCGAUUGGUUCAGGGGUAGCCACCCCUCAUAAUAAGGGCUCGAAUGUCAAUGACAUCGCAACACUAGACAAACUACUCACAUCGUUGCUAGGCCUACAGAAUAAAAGGCCGAGAUCAUUCAGGUCCCAUUUUGGAACUCCAAGAGCGAGCAGGCUGCCUACGUUGCAGGAGUUUGGACAAAAUAGACGCAUAGAAUCCUGGCCGGAGAAAAUAUUUGAGGAUAGCGUAGUCAGAAAUGUCAUUAGUAAUUUGAGAGCUAGUAAGAGAAAUUCAAAAAUGUCAGCAACUGACGAACAAUUUUUAACGCCAAAAUAA